AUGAGCAAUAAUAACUUCAACGACAACAACAACAACACUAACAACUAUCACGACGAUGAAGAGCUACUGAGCCCUGUUAUUAUUUCUGUCAGCCAACGCCCCAGUUCGUGCCCCGUUUCCAAGUACCAAGAUAUUAUCUUACGUCAACCCGAAGAAACAGGCGAACGUUGGAUAUAUAAGGGGGACUAUAAAAGCGACCAGUUCAAAAAAAUCAUCUCUAGAAGAGAGUCCAGUGUCGCUACGGAGAGCGAAGAGACUAUGCAGCCGACAGUCACUAUCACGAUUGACGAUGAAAAAGACAGAAAUCCUCCACCAUAUUUUGGUCAAAGCAGUAUGAGUGCCAUCGCCAUGCCACCAGUGACAACAGACGUGGAAUUACCGAGAUCCGUCCUAUCUAGCAACAAAGUCAUAUGCUACAUGAGCGACCGUGACACUGUAAAGUUCAAGUAUGUCAACGACCAUACUGGGCAUACUCCUGGAACCAUUGAAGAUGUCAAAUAUUUGCCAAAGUUGAUACUUUUAAAGGAGCGCAUUAUUGAGGAAUUAAAAAAAUACAAGAACGUCCGUCAGGUGCGCACUUACUUACAACGUGAGCAUGCGCAUCUUGAAAGCACCAAGAGAGACACAUAUCUCCACACCGUUGAUGUUUAUAACAUCUUUUAUAAAUUUCGACAGGAGGAGUGUGCUAAAGACAAGGACGAUUUUACUUCCGUCAAAUACUGGCUACAAGAUCUCGAACAUAAGGGCUAUCAUGUCUGGUUAUAUGCUGAUGACACUGGCCGUCAAUUGCUUUCCGCUGUCAGCUUUGGUUUUGGUUUUGUUGCUCCAUAG